UCGGCCACGGUCGGCUUCAGUAGAGGGGGGGCAGCCAAAGCACACACACAUACACACACACAAGGAAUCAGGCAGAUAAAAAAAAUACUGAAGCGAAAAAUGAAACCGACCGAAUAAGGCUUGUGACACAUCCGUAUCCGAGUGCAUUUGACGCGUUGCCACGAAGCCCUUGGAUGACACGGUCCACAGUGGAGGCAUAGCGGUGUCAUUGAGCAGGCAGGACACGUCAAGAGAAGGGAGGAAGAGAAAAAAAAAAGCUGACCGACAGCACUCAGCUUUUUAAAUCGCCUCUGCCUGCAUUUAAAACAUCCUUCCAGGGACGACACCUUGCUGUCAAGCGGACGGAAGGUUCUCGACAAAAGAGGUCGGAGGUGGUGAUCAGAAGGACCAAACGAUCACGGGAUACUAUUUGUGUGUGGGGGGAGCAAACAAAUGGGGGAUUACGGCUUUGGAGUCCUAGUUCAAAACAACACUGGCAACAAGUCCGCAUUCCCGGUCCGGAUCCACCCGCAUCUGCAGCCCCCACACCACCACCAAAAUGUGUCGCAGAGCCCUGCUGCGUUCAUAAACAGCACCACAGCCGCGGGGAAUGGCACCACGGCGAGCUCACCCUGGCUCUUCCCGGCCUCUGCCACCCACAGCAGCGUGCAGGACGAAAUCAUUGGGGGGCCUGACAAGCCCAAAGCACAGCAGCAAGAAAUGCAAGAAACGCAAGAAAAGCAGCUCUCCCCCGGGAGUCACCAAGAGGGCGGAGGUGGCGGCGGCAGCAUCAUCAUCUCAGAACUGGAGAAGAGCCGGUCGGAGGAUGGCAAGACGGACAACGGCGCCCCCGACGCGGGGAAAGAUAAGCAAAUCCGCCUCGAGUCUCCUGUGCUGACAGGCUUUGAUUACCAGGAGACACCUGGUCUCGGGGGCCCGGUUCAAUCCAGUACCACGUCAUCGUCACUCACUGGCUUCAACAACUGGUCGGCGGCCAUCCCGCCGGCGCCGUCAACCAUUAUCAACGAGGACGUCAGCUUCUUCAACCCUGCCUCUGCCAGCAACGGGCCUCUGCUGUUCCAGAACUUCUCGCAUCACGUCAGCCCGGGGUUCGGCGGAAACUUCUCCCCUCAAAUAGGACCAGCCGGCACCCUCUCGCAGCACCACCCGGCACCCCCGCCGCACCCCCACUUCCAGCAUCCACACAAUCAACACCAGCAGCACCGGCGCUCGCCCGCCUCGCCGCACCCUCCUCCGCCCUUCCCACACAGGAAUCCGGCCUUCAACCAGUUGCCGCAUUUGUCCAACAGCCUGAGCAAGCCUCCGUCCCCCUGGGGGCCAGCGAGCUACCAGAGCCCCUCGCCUUCCCCGGGCUCCUCCACCUCCUGGAGUCCCGGAGGUGGUUACGGAAGCGGUGGGGGUGGCUGGGGUGGAUCUCAGGGCCGAGAUUAUCGCAGAGGGCUCAAUGGCGGUAUGACCCCUAUCAACUCUAUCUCACCGCUGAAGAAGACCUUCCUGAACAACCACGUGGCCUCCCAGAAGUACCCUCGCAACAACCCCGGGGGCUUCAACCCCAAGUCUUGGAUGGAUGAUGGAGUUGGACGCAGUGAUAACAUCUUCCCAUUCCAGGAACGCACCAGGUCGUUUGACAGCUUCAACAUGAACACUCUGGAGAGCUCCCUGAUUGACAUCAUGAGGGCUGAGCAGGACAACUUGAAAGGUCGUCUGGGGUUCCCCCAUCCUGGCGGGGACAACCCACUGCCCCUCAAUGCCAGGAGUUAUAGCAGGAGACGAGGCCAUUCUUCCCUCUUCCCCAUGGAGGAUGGAUUCCCUGAUGACGAGCGUGGUGAUCAGGGUCUCGCAGGCCUCGGCUCCCCACACUGCUUUCCACACCAGAAUGGGGAGCGUGUGGAGCGCUACUCACGCAAGGUUUUUGUGGGAGGAUUGCCCCCAGAUAUAGAUGAAGAUGAGAUAACUGCCAGUUUUCGACGUUUUGGACACCUGUUUGUUGACUGGCCUCAUAAAGCCGAGAGCAAGUCUUAUUUCCCCCCUAAAGGCUACGCCUUCCUGCUCUUCCAGGACGAGAGCUCCGUGCAGGCUUUGAUUGAUGCCUGCAUCGAGGAGGAUGGCAAGCUGUACCUGUGUGUGUCCAGUCCCACCAUCAAAGACAAACCGGUCCAGAUCCGCCCGUGGAACUUGAACGACAGUGAUUUUGUGAUGGAUGGAUCGCAGCCCCUGGACCCCAGGAAAACUAUUUUUGUUGGAGGGGUCCCUCGCCCGUUACGUGCAGUGGAGCUGGCCAUGAUCAUGGACCGUCUGUACGGCGGUGUGUGCUAUGCCGGCAUCGACACAGACCCCGAGCUGAAGUACCCGAAAGGAGCAGGGCGGGUCGCCUUCUCUAAUCAGCAGAGUUACAUUGCUGCUAUCAGUGCUCGCUUUGUGCAGCUGCAGCACGGAGAAAUCGAUAAACGGGUGGAAGUGAAGCCAUACGUGCUGGAUGACCAGCUGUGCGACGAGUGCCAGGGGACUCGCUGUGGCGGCAAGUUUGCGCCAUUUUUCUGCGCCAACGUCACCUGCUUGCAGUACUACUGCGAGUACUGCUGGGCAGCCAUCCACUCGCGCGCUGGACGGGAGUUCCACAAGCCGCUCGUGAAGGAAGGCGGCGACCGGCCUCGUCACAUCUCGUUCCGCUGGAACUGAAUGCCACGACGCCAUGACGACGGCGCGGCGGCGGAGGGAAGCAGGAGGGCAAGGUAGUGCAGGAGUCACAAAUCAUUUUAACAAAUAAAUGCACUUUUCUGUUGCUGGUUCCUUUGUGCUCAACAACUAUUUUUAAGUUAAUAUUUAUAUUUUCAAGAGAGAAAACAGGAAUAUAUCAAAAGUAUGUCCAGCAAGGAAAAAAAGUUGUUUUCAUUUUGUUUUUUUUUUUUUUUUUUUUUUUUAAAUAUUGUCCCCAAAAAUGCUUCUAUAGGAACGUUGAUGUGUUAUGGUACUCUGCUAUUCAAUUGGCAUGCUGUUCUUACUCUGUGGUUUUUUUUUUUGGGGUAUGAAAACUCUCCCCCCGCCCUCAAGCAAAGAAAACUAUUUUAAAUUUGACGUUUUGAUUUUGUAGCAGAGCUCUUAUGAAUUGAAAAAGAUGUUUCUGAAGAAGAGUGCACUUAUUUCAACAGCAGUAUAGCAGACCCUUAGUUCAUAACCAAAGCUGUUUUAAUAUCUUAGCAUCACAGAAAUAGAGAGAGGCCACACUCUUCUUGUUUUUUCCAGUCCCAACAGAAAAAAAAAAUCUCAUAAUUUGUGGUUUCGAUCUCCAAACUUGACAUGCAAAAACUAAUACCUCAAAAAAAAAAAAAAAAAAACUCAGCUGCUAACAUUUUACCCGUGUUCUCUCCCUUUUUUGGGGGGUGGGUGGGUGGGCGGAGCUACGAUGUCACUGGCACACUUCUGUACUUCGCUAGCUUCGUUGCCUCCAUAUGUUUUGUUUUGUAUCUGUAAUAUGGUACCAGCGCAAGCAAGAGUGCAUUAUGGGAAUGUAUCGCAAUGGGCGGGAGCCCCCCCAACCCCCCCCAAGCUAACCCGCUAAUCCAUGCGGGCCUCGUUAUUAGAUCUAUUAGAGGUCACAUCCUUCCACACUGGAAUAGAAAUAUGAAAAACGAUCUGGUUUAGUAGCCAUUUUACCGUUUUUAUGGGGCUACAACCACAUUUAGAAAAGUACGUCACAUGUUUAGCGGGGGUGGGAAACCAUACGGAUUUUUUGUUUUUUUGUUUUUACAAGAAAGCCUCAUCCCACCCUUGCAAUUUUUGAAUUAUUCUAGGCAUUUUUUGUUAGCAUAAAUAAAAGUAGUAGUACCACUACUGCUUCUACUACUACACACUUUAGGUCCAGCAACCAAAGAUGGCUGUGUAGUAGUAACUCAUUUCCUGUUUGUAGUUGAUUUAAAAUAAUAAUAAUAAUAAAUCAGCCCCCUUUUUAUCCUGCCGUCAAAACCAAAGAUUUGGCCUUAAAAAUACAAACGGCAGUAAAAUCGCAUCAAAAUAUUCACUUCCUUCUCGCUAUUUUCCAACAUGACAAAAUAUAAAAGUGCACAUUCACACGGUGAACAUAUUGCUUUCUAGGGUGCACUCACACUGGGCAAAGAUUUGACUAGUGCCUGGACGUAUCAUCAUCAUCAUCAUCAUCAUCGUAGUAUUAUCAAUGCAUUCACUUCCUCCCGCCAGUAAUGAAUAACCUUGCACAGUAGAAAUAAGGAAACCUUGCAGUAAAUGUAUUAGAAAGUGACGACUCCAACUCCCAAUAAGUGCAGCAAGCACAGCGUGAGUGCCGAGCGUGAUGUGAUGGGCCUAGUGUGAGUGUGCCCCCCUCACCCCCCACCCCCAAAAAAUUCCCCCCACUAUAGAUGUUUCCAACACUUUUGGGAACAAUUGUUCAAAAUGAGAUGAAAAUUAUUUUAUACAUGGCCUGCUGAUUUUUUGAAAGUGUUUUCUAGCUAAAUUAUUUUGUCAUGCACAUAUAAAAAUUUAUUAUGCACUCCUUUUCUAGAUUUUUUUCUCUUUUUUUUUCACUUUUCCGACAGUCAUUUUAGGCACAUUUUUCACAGAUGGGGAAACUCCUUUUUGCAAUACCUCAAUUUUUUCACAUUGUGAAAGGUAGCUUUUGUACUUUUGUUACUGAGAGAUCUGCAUAUAUGGAAAUGUUCAUUUUAAAGAAGAUUAAAAAAAAAAUAGAGCUGAGUGAUUUCAAGAUAUAUAAUAUUAUUUUCAAUUAUGCUUUUUAUACAUUUCAGUGCUGAGGACUCUUUAACAACCUUAAAAAAAAUGUGUGUUGAUGCGACUACUUCACAGAGAAGAGACCAAAGUGUAUCCGCUCUUUUGGUCUUUCAGCUUUUCCUACACUUGAUGUUUCCAGUCUAAUCAUAAUAAUAAUAAUAAUAAUAAUAAUAUUAAUAAUAAUAAUAAUAAUAGCAUGGCGAGAAAUAACUAAAAAAAAUGACAAAAAAAAGUGGUGAUCUUAAAAUUUGAUGUGACUUAACAACUGCGAAAAAUCUGACACUUAACGCUGAAUCUCGUAUCACAAGAAUGGAUGUUUGGUGUUUAGAUAUUUUAAUAUUUGAUGAAAAAAAACGUAUAUAAAUAUAUACAUAUAUAUAUAUUCUUGCCAACUAGCACCUAUUGUAAUCCUUAGCAUGCAUGGCGACAAAAAAAAAACACAAAAAAAACAGAAAAUGAAUUAGCUAUGAAAUAAACUGUUGUGAUGUGCACCAAAUGUUUCUCAGCUAUUGUUAAGGAUAACCUCCCCGUAAUCCGUUGUGCCCCCAUCUCUUCUCUCGCACCCCCAUUGGCAGACCUCAGCGGGAUGCACAAAACAGAAGCUAUUAGCGUGAAAGUUAGGUUUUGUUUUUAUGGUUUUUUUUUUGGCAGUGAAGCAUCCUUCUAGAACACUGUUGGGGGAAAAAAAAACAACAACUAAUAAAGACUUGAUAAAUCUUACACAGACCUACAUGGAGGAAGGGGAGUUUUAAGACUUGAAUGUGGUAAAAAAAAACUUAAAAAUAAAGACAAAAAAAUACAAUGUUGCAAGUUAACUUUCAAGUUGUUAUGUGCAAUACUUCUUUUGAACCUUUUUCCAGAUGAAAGACUCUUUGCAAUGUAAUUCUUUAAGAAAAAAAAUGCCAUUUUUAAUUAUUGCAGACAUUUAAUUAAAGAAGAUGUUAAUAUGUUUUUUCACAAGUCAUUUUCUACUGUUUAAUGUAAUCCUUUUCAUGCUGGUGUUUGUAAAAAAAAAAACAGAAAAGAAAUCCAACUAUUUGUACUAAUAUAAAUAAUUGAAGUUAUUUUUAAAACAUUAAAAAAAAAGGUUUUUGUGCUCAUUUUGCUUAUAUAUAUUUUUUUGGUUUAUUUGAAGCUACUGUGAUUGAUUGCAUUGUAAUUAUUAGGUCAACAAUGUAUUUAGCUGUUUAUUGGUAUAUUUUUAAUUGGAAUGUAUAAUUGAUUUUUAUAAUUUUGAUCAGAUUUUUUGUUCUAUUUUUGAGGUGAAGCUUUUAAUAUGUUCAAAGUGUCUAGUUUUUACUAAUUGCUAUAUUGUGCUCCACAAUAUAUGGUUCACAUUUUCUGAAGGAAAAGAAAUAUUUAAAUAUUUGUCUGUUAAUGUUACUUAAUGGCAAGAUUUCAAUAGUUUUUAACUGUGUAUGGGAAGGUUGUUGUAUUUAUUAAUAGCAUUUUUUUACUUAAGAUAUCACCUUAAUUUUUAUUGUCAUUUCACUUUAUAAGUUCCUAUUUUUGUAUUUUCCUUUCUAAUUAAGUUAUGUAAUACGGAUAUGUCCAUAUUUCUAGGAGUUGGUCUGUAGAAGUGCUAGUGAAAACAAAAAGAAAAAUCUAAUGUUAUUUAAUUGUUUGCGGCCAACUAUUUAUAUAACAGUAUGCAUAAUUUUAAAAUAUUUGUAAUGUGAAAUGUUGAAUGAAAUAAACCUUAACUGUGAUGAAAAUGUGUUGUGUGCUUAUUUAUAU